UUUGUUAAUACCAUAUUAAUGGAUAUACAGUAUGUUACUGUAUAUAAGUAAAUAGACCAGCGGUGAAUUUUCCAUUUAACCGACUGCAUGUUUUAAUUUAUUGCAAUCCCAAACAUUGUAAUACCAGGAUUCACCAGAGCCCACAAAUCGGCUCCAAUUAAAAGUUUAGGAACCACAGGGAUACAUCCGUUCUGUAACAUCGGGCAAGAAUGAACUGGACAGAAAUAAUUAGGCUAAGGGAUGAGUGAAAGUGCCAUCAUUCGUGGAAUUGACAGCACAUGACAGCUGACGAAGGUUUCAUGAAUUGUUUUGUUUUUUUGGCUUUUAAACCAUGAUAAUCUUGUGUUUGGGCCAGACACAGACUGGACACUGCUCUUACAACGGUAGCUGGUUCAUACUAGCCGGCUUAGAAGCUAGUUAGCUAUAGUCUACACCAUUUUGAUGAGUUAUUUUGUUACAGUGAACGUAUCCCCUACAUUCAGGUUUCUGUUUUUUGCCGUCUUAAACCAACAAAAUAAUGUCAUGCACAUGCAGAUCAGCGGCGAGAUUGUUUCUAACCUCUCAGAAAGGUAUCUCUCGAAUACAGUUAUUUUUUACCACCAGACAGGGAACAUCCGAAGCACUACUGACAAGAAGAGUGCCUGUGAGAUACUUUUCUGAAUCAUCAGUAUAUUUUUCAUCAAAAGAUGUCAAAGAUGGCUCUGGUGAAGGAGGAAAGAAAUCAGUUGGUAAUGCUGCAGGCGGGAAAAGAGGAGGUCCAGGUAAAGGAGGCCCUCGGCUACGCUGUCCCAAGUGUGGAGAUACCUGCACACAUGUCGAAACCUUUGUGUCUUCAACCCGCUUUGUGAAAUGUGAGAAAUGUCACCAUUUCUUUGUGGUGCUGUCAGAGAUCGACUCCAAGAAGAGUCUCAAUAAGGAGCAAGAAGGGGCCAAUGAGGCUGUCAAACUGGCCUUCCAGCAGAAACCUCCCCCUCCUCCUAAAAAGAUCUAUGCCUACCUGGAUAAGUAUGUCGUUGGCCAAUCCUACGCAAAGAAAGUGCUGGCGGUAGCGGUGUACAACCACUAUAAACGCAUCUACAACAACCUCCCAGCGGCAGGCACAAAGCCCCAUGUGGCGAUGGAGAAGCAGGCCUCCCUGACCCCACGAGAGCUGCUGCAGAUUGCAGGGAUCAGUCCUCGUGGCAACACGCUUGGUGUAUCAGUGCAUAGCCAGCAGGCUGCCCAGGAGAAGAGGGGCAGUGACCUGCUUGACUCUCACCACGCCAACAUCAAACUGGAAAAGAGCAACAUUGUGCUGCUGGGACCCACUGGAUCAGGUAAAACCCUAUUAGCUCAGACUCUGGCCAGGUGCUUGGACGUGCCCUUUGCCAUCUGUGACUGCACCACGCUAACCCAGGCCGGCUACGUGGGCGAAGACAUAGAGUCUGUGGUGGCCAAGCUCCUCCAAGACGCCAACUACUCUGUUGAGAAAGCGCAACAAGGCAUCGUGUUCCUGGAUGAGGUGGACAAGAUUGGCAGUGUGCCUGGAAUCCACCAGCUAAGAGAUGUCGGGGGUGAGGGAGUACAGCAGGGUCUACUCAAACUCUUGGAGGGCACCAUCAUCAAUGUUCCGGAGAAGAACUCCAGGAAGCUUCGUGGAGACACUGUCCAGGUGGACACCACCAACAUACUGUUUGUAGCCUCUGGUGCCUUUAAUGGCCUGGACAGCAUCAUCAGUAGGAGAAAGUGCGAAAAGUACCUGGGCUUCGGCACGCCCUCCAACAUGGGUCAGGGGCGACGGGCAGCGGCAGCCGCUGACCUGGCCAACCGUAGUGGAGCGGAGAUGGAUGCCGUGUUGGAGAUGGAAGAGAAGGACCGGCUCUUGAGUCACGUGGAGGCCCGUGACCUCAUUGAGUUUGGGAUGAUCCCUGAGUUUGUGGGGCGCAUGCCUGUGGUGGUGUCCCUGCACAGUCUGGACGAGGAGACCCUGGUCAGGAUCUUGACUGAGCCACGCAAUGCCGUCAUACCCCAGUACCAGGCUCUGUUCAGCAUGGACAAGUGUGAACUGAAUGUGACCCCAGAUGCCUUGAGAGCCAUAGCCCAAUUAGCUUUAGAAAGGAAGACUGGUGCUCGUGGGCUCAGGUCCAUUAUGGAAACAUUGCUGCUUGAACCCAUGUUUGAAGUGCCACACUCAAAUAUCAUGGCUGUUGAGCUGAACAAAGAUGUAGUCCUAGGAAAAUCAGUACCUGUAUAUGUAAAAGCACCUCCUAAGGAAUCUGUUGAGGAGGAGUACGACUCUGGGAUAGAGGAGAGCUGGCCAAGGCAGGCAGAUGUAGCCAACAAUUAACAGACAGAUGCUGCUGACUUAGUCCAAAAUAUAACUUCUGAAAUUGCCAUCAAUGUAUUUUGAAUGAGCUAUGGGGUUUUUACCAAAUCCAGACCACUGUGGGAAAAUUCACCUAUGAAUAUAAUUAUCUGAAUUACAUCGGUAUUGAUAAUGAUGAUGACUUUACUUUUAAAUAUAUCAGGAAAGGUUUGUUUCCAUAUCUUGGAGCACAUGGUAGGUUUCAGAUUCACCAUUAACCAGAUAUACUCUACCUAUCUUUCCCAGAGAACGGAAGAGGGAAUGUUGAUUUUUAUAAAUGUAAUGUUACUCUUACUCGUGAAGGUGCUACUCUCAUUUGUAUAAAUGAAAUGUUACUCUUUCUCGUGAAGGUGUUACUCUCAUUUGAAUGUGAAAUGUAGUUGUUGGGGGAACCCUAAUGGAAAUGGAUUGUAUCAAUUAAAAAAGUAUUGUAUUGUUGUGUUUUGCCACAAUAAAAUGUUGUUCAAUUGAGGAUU